AUGCCUUUUGAAGCCCGGGUUAAGGCCGUCCUGUCUGGUGACACGGUCGUGCUGUCGCAUGUCACCAACCCUUCACAAGAACGUAUCCUGAGCUUGGCUUAUGUCUCUGCUCCGAGAUUAAGGAGAGAGGGUGAUGAGCCAUACGCCUUCCAAUCCCGUGAAUUCCUCCGUGAGCUCCUUGUCGGCAAAGUCGUCCAGUUCCACGUUGUCUACACAAUUCCCACCGGUGCCAAGCGCGACUACGGUACCAUCAAGCUGCCCGGCUUCGAUGCCUCAUUGCCCGAUAUCAGUGUGCAGGAGGGCUGGACAAGGGUUCGCGAAGAAGCAGGCAAACGCUCAGAUGAAUCUGAGGAGACCAUUGCACUCCUAGAACGCCUACGGGCAUUGGAAUCCCUCGCCCAGGAAGAAGGAAAGGGAACUUGGGCUGGUGGCGACGAUGCCCAUAUCGAUACUACCUACGAGUUGACUGGCGCUCGGGAUUUGGUUAAGCGUAACUUGGGACAACAGUUGGAGGGUAUUAUCGAGAAGGUCCUGAACGGUGACCGUGUUGUGCUGCGUUUGCUGCUCAAGCCCCAGGAACACAUUCAGACUGUCAUUGCUAUUGCUGGUAUUCGGGCACCAUCUGCUAAGCGCACAACCGCUGAUGGCAAAGAGACCGCGGCUGAGCCGUUCGGCGAUGAGGCACACCAGUUUGUUGAGGAACGAUUGUUGCAGCGCAAGGUCAAGGUUUCUCUGCUUGGUGUUACGCCGCAGGGACAGAUUGUUGCCACCCUCCUCCACCCCAAUGGAAACAUCUCUCGCUUCCUUCUUGAGGCUGGUCUGGCCCGCUGCCAGGAUCACCACUCUACACUUUUGGGUCCGGACAUGGCUCUUCUCCGCCAAGCGGAACUCACAGCGAAGGCUGACCGCAAGGGAUUGUGGGUUAGCCACACAGGAUCCACGGCUGCUGGUGCCGCGGCUGUGGACUAUGUUGUCACUCGUGUUUUGAAUGCAGAUACCCUCUUCAUCCGCAAUAAGGCUGGCCAGGAGAAGAAGAUCAGUCUCGCCAGUAUUCGUCAGCCGAAGCCCUCCGAUCCCAGCCAGGCUCCCUUUGGUGCUGAGGCGAAGGAGUUCCUGCGCAAGCGGGUGAUCGCCAAGCAUGUCAUGGUCACUGUGAACGGCAAGAAGCCCGCAAACGAAGGCUACGAGGAGCGCGAGGUCGCUACUGUUGUGCAGGGCAACACCAAUAUUGGUCUGGCCCUUGUGGAGGCUGGUUACUCCUCUGUGAUUCGCCACCGUAUGGAUGACACUGACCGGUCUCCCGACUACGAUGCGCUGCUCGUUGCUGAGGCUGAUGCCCAGAAGGAAGGCCGUGGAAUGUGGUCUUCCAAGCCUCCCAAGACGAAGCAGGUGGUGGACUACUCAGAGAGCGUGCAAAAGGCCAAGCUCGAGCUUGGUAUCUUGCAGCGUCAAAAGCGUGUUCCCGCUGUUGUCGACUUUGUCAAGUCUGGUUCUCGUUUCACUGUUCUCGUUCCUCGUGACAAUGCUAAAUUGACUCUCGUCCUUUCUGGCAUCCGUGCUCCUCGCUCUUCCCGCGGACCCGGCGACGCCGGCGAGCCUUUCGGCCAGGAGGCCCACGACCUUGCCAACCGCCGCUGCAUGCAGCGCGACGUUGAGAUUGAUGUUGAGACCAUUGAUAAGGUUGGUGGAUUCAUCGGUAGCUUGUACAUCAACAAGGAGAACUUCACAACCGUUCUGCUGGAGGAGGGUUUCGCCACCGUCCACGCAUACUCGGCUGAGCAGUCUGGUCACGCCGCCGAGUAUUUCGCUGCUGAACAGCGGGCUAAGGAUGCCCGUAAGGGUAUGUGGCAUGACUGGGACCCCGUCAAGGCGGCAGCUGAGGCCGAGGAAGCCGAGGCCGCUACCAACGGCACUGGGACCGAGAGCGAUGCCGCCCCCGCACAGCGUCGCAAAGACUACCGCGACGUUAUGGUUACAUACAUCGACCCUACCUCCGCCAAGCUUAAGCUGCAACAGAUCGGCACCGGCACCAACGCACUCACCGAGCUGAUGCGCGCUUUCCGCACAUUCCACCUUAACAAGGCCAACGACACCCCGCUGCCAGGCCCUCCCAAAGCUGGUGAAUGGGUUGCUGCCCAGUUCACCGAAGACGGCGACUGGUACCGCGCCAAGGUGCGCCGCAACGACCGCGAGAAGGAGCAGGCUGAGGUGGUCUACCUCGACUUCGGUAACUCCGAGAUUUUGCCAUGGGCAUCACUCCGCCCUCUCACCCAACCCCAGUUCUCCAGCCAGACCCUUCGCCCCCAAGCCGUCGAUGCAGUCCUCUCCCUCCUGCAGUUCCCCACCUCCGAGGAUUACCUUGAGGACGCCGUCGGCUUCGUCGGCGACCAGACCUUCGACCGCCAGCUUGUCGCAAACGUUGACCACGUUGACCAGGAUGGUACCCUGUACGUCACCCUCCUCGACCCUACUGCUUCCAAGAACCUGGACAACAGUAUCAACGCCGAUAUCAUUCACGAGGGUUUGGCCAUGGUGCCCCGCAAGUUGAAGGCAUGGGAGCGCGCCUCCGUUGAGACCCUCGCCAACUUACGCACCCUCGAGGAGGAGGCCAAGGCUGAGCGCCGUGGUAUGUGGGAGUAUGGUGAUUUGACCGAGGACUAA